AUGAGCGAUAUUUCGUUAGAUUAUGAAGGUAGUUCAAACAGUUCUCGUGCUUCUUCGAGAGAGAAUAAAAAGAGAAGAUCGAGAAGCAGAAGUGACAGUGGAUGCGAUGACAAGCCUAUGUGGAAAUCAAAAAAAUCUUCGGACCGUAGUCGCAGUUCCAGUCGAUCGAGUCGGUCCAGCUCAAGAUCUCAAUCUUCUAGUCCAGCUGUGAGAAGCCCAUCACCAAAACGUAAAAGAGAACCAAUUCGAGCUCCCAGUCCUUCACCACAACGCAAGCAUCGUGAUUCUCCAAGAAGACGAAGCCGAUCACCUGAAAAACGUCGUUACCGUAGGAGUCCAUCUCCACAAAGAUGCAGAAAAAAUUCUCGUUCCCGAUCUCGUGAAAGAAAAAGAGUCUCACGAAGUCGUUCUCCACAACCAGCACGCAGACGCCCCUAUAGAAGUCGUUCUCCCCCACCGAGGAGACAUGAUUCCAGAAGUCGCUCCCCACCUCCGCGACGCCAGCAGCGCUCAAGAAGUCCUCCACCAGCUAGGAGACGAGAUUCGAGUCGCAAUCAAUCUCCAGGUGGUAGGUCACCAUCAAGGAGAAAUUACAGACGACAGAGGUCUAACUCGAGAUCUCCCCUUGAAAAUCGUAGAGAUGCCGAAGAGAGAAAAAGAGAUGAAAUGUGGAUGGCAAGACGUACCGAGCGAGUCGAUAUUCAAGCAGCUGGCUUGAAUAGUAUUUGGGGUCACUCACCCAGCCAAGCAGAAAUUCAAGAUACUUAUAAACUGAGAGUUGCUGCGGAAGAGAUUCUAGCUGAACACAUAAAGAAAGGAGAGGAAUUAAGAGAAGACAGAAGAAAAGCCAAAAAAAGAGAAAUGCGAGCGGUUAGAAACGUUUCAGAAGACGAUUCAUCGACGUCUUCCGAAUCUGAUGACAGUGACAGAGAAGUAAGAAAAAAGAAGAAAGUGAAAAAAUCCAAAAAGAGCAAAAAGGAUAAGAAGAAAGAUAAAAAGAAAGGAAAAAAAAUGAGUAAGGAAAAAGAAGAACGACGAGCAAGACGAGAGCAAAGAAAGAAAGAAAGGGCCGAACUGAAACGAAAAAUUAACAACCGAUCGGAUACUGAAGAGGAAUGGGAGGAGAAGCAACCAGAAAGAAUUUCUGGAACGAUCGGAACAUGGAAAGAAGGAAGCAUGUCACCGACACCAAUUCUUCCAGAACACAUAAAACAACGUGAUCAAGGUGGUGCUUUCGAAAUAGAGAAACCAGGAAACUAUGGAAAAGAUUUACUGAAGGGAGAAGGAGCAGGAAUGGCAGCUUACGCAGCUCGAGGUGAACGUAUCCCAAGACGUGGAGAGAUCGGAUUGUCAUCUGGAGAAAUUGCUGAGUACGAGAAAGUCGGUUAUGUCAUGUCAGGAUCAAGACACAAGGCAAUGGAAGCGACACGGUUGAGAAAAGAGAAUCAAAUUUUGACAGCCGAAGAAAAACGACUUCUAAGUGGAGUUUCAAUGGAGGCCAAGAAAAAGAAAGAAGAAGCUGUUUUGGACCAAUUCCGAAGCUUGAUUCGCAACAAAAAUAUGCGAAAUUAA